CGGGGAGAACUGAAACUACAUUUCCCGGCACGCCGCGCGCCGGCGACCCGCUUCCGGAGUGCGCGGAAGACAUGGCGGCGCCCGAGGAGCACGAUUCUCCGACUGAAGCGCCUCAGCCGGCGGUGCAAGAGGAGGAAACUAAAACUUUUAAAGAUCUGGGUGUGACAGAUGUGUUGUGUGAAGCUUGUGACCAGUUGGGAUGGACAAAGCCCACAAAGAUCCAGAUUGAAGCUAUUCCUUUGGCCUUACAAGGUCGUGAUAUCAUCGGGCUGGCAGAAACUGGCUCUGGAAAAACAGGGGCCUUCGCUUUGCCCAUUCUGAAUGCACUGUUGGAGACGCCCCAGCGAUUGUUUGCCUUAGUUCUCACGCCCACUCGGGAGUUGGCCUUUCAGAUCUCAGAGCAGUUUGAAGCCCUGGGGUCUUCCAUUGGUGUGCAAAGCGCUGUGAUUGUAGGUGGAAUUGAUUCAAUGUCCCAGUCUCUGGCCCUGGCGAAAAAACCACAUGUAAUAAUAGCGACUCCUGGUCGACUGAUAGACCACUUGGAAAAUACAAAAGGUUUCAACUUAAGAGCCCUCAAAUACUUGGUUAUGGAUGAGGCAGACCGAAUAUUGAAUAUGGAUUUUGAGACAGAGGUUGACAAGAUCCUCAAAGUGAUUCCCCGAGAUCGGAAAACGUUUCUCUUCUCGGCCACCAUGACCAAGAAGGUGCAAAAACUUCAGCGAGCAGCACUGAAGAAUCCUGUGAAAUGUGCUGUUUCCUCCAAAUACCAGACAGUUGAGAAAUUACAGCAAUAUUACCUUUUUAUUCCUUCUAAAUUCAAGGAUACCUACCUGGUUUACAUUCUAAAUGAACUGGCUGGAAACUCCUUUAUGAUAUUCUGCAGCACCUGUAACAAUACUCAGAGAACAGCUUUGCUGCUUCGAAAUCUUGGAUUCACUGCUAUCCCCCUCCAUGGACAGAUGAGUCAGAGCAAACGCUUAGGAUCUCUUAAUAAGUUUAAGGCAAAGGCUCGUUCUAUUCUUCUAGCAACUGAUGUUGCAAGCCGAGGUUUGGACAUACCUCAUGUGGAUGUAGUUGUUAACUUUGACAUUCCUACCCAUUCCAAGGAUUAUAUCCAUCGAGUAGGUCGAACCGCUCGAGCUGGGCGUUCUGGAAAGGCUAUCACCUUUGUCACACAGUAUGAUGUAGAACUCUUCCAGCGCAUAGAACACUUAAUUGGGAAGAAACUGCCUGUCUUUCCAACACAGGAUGAUGAAGUUAUGAUGCUGACAGAGCGUGUCACUGAAGCCCAAAGAUUUGCCCGAAUGGAGUUAAGGGAGCAUGGAGAAAAGAAGAAACGCGUGCGGGAGGACACUGGGGACAAUGACGACACGGAGGGUGCUAUGGGUGUCAGGAACAAGGUCGCUGGAGGAAAAAUGAAGAAACGGAAAGGCCGUUAAUUUCUUUUAUAAAGACUUGAUUUCAGCCUUUUGUUUCAUAUAAGGGGAUUGUAGAAGAGGAUGAAGCCCCCUCCAGCACAGUUCCUCAGACCGAAAUCUGUCACAGUGAUGUCGAGAACCUGCUCAUCUACUUGAGCACUCGCUCUCCUUCUGUAGGGUGCCAUUACCGCACACCGGUCUUUACGGUGCUCGUGUCAGCUUUGGUGUCUUGGUCACGAGAUGAGUAGGAUGUGUUCUUUUAUCACUUCACACAGACCUUUUGUUUUUUCAGCUGCAAGUCAAGGACUAGGUUGAUGGAGCCCUGAACCUGUAUUUGUAAAGGGAAGAAGCUUCUGUAUUUGUAAAACUGGUGAUACAUAAGCAAUCUCAGCUUGUGCUUCAUUAGACCAAAUAUGGACUAAUAAAUUUACCUACUAUUUUUAAAAGAUUCAAACUGCUUGAAAACCUUUACGGGUUGAGGGACUUUACAGAUUUAAGAUCUUGCUAAUAGGUAAGACAUUGACAGUGGCAGUUAUGUGGUGAAAUCAUUGCUUGUUCUUAAUUAAGGUAAACAUUAUUUAUGAUUUUUAAAGAUUUGCAAAGGAACGAGGUGAUGGAUGGCUUUGAAUGGGAAGUCCUGCUUAAAAGGUGGUUGUGUUUUUCUUGGGGAUGGAUCAAAGGCCUUAAGUAAGACUGCAGAGUCUCUUAGAUCCCUAGGUACAUUCACUUCCCUGACUGCUCGGUUUAAGAAGACUGCUUUCGGGUUAGGAAGAAGACUGCUCGGGUUAGGAAGACUGGUUUCUUUUCUUUUGUCUCCAUCUAUAUGGCUACAUAACUCAGAAUAUGUAAAGCUGGAUCAUCAGCUCCUGGAGAGAAAAUAGACCGUGGUUCUGUAGAGACUGGGUCAGACAGGGGAAAGUUGAUGGAAAUCAGAAACAGCUGUGAGCUUCACGGUCAUGAACAGUCUUGUGCCCUGAAGACUUUCAACUCAUAGAAGAUGCCUAAUCAUUUUUGUCAAAUGUAACAAUUUUAUUAGAAGAGAAAGGGUCUGAAUUGGCAGAACCAGGGUGAAGAGAUUCCAGUGGUUUAAGAUUGAGUUUUGAAGAGAAACUUUCUAUGUAUAUCUUAAUGGAAAGUGCGUCUUAGGGUCAAAGUAUCUGGCAAGAAGUGAAAAAUAGAUGUCAGUAAAAUUCUCUGUGGUAGUCAGGUGUGGAUGGUUACUUGCAGGAAGAUCUUUAUAAAUAUAGGGUACAUUCUGCCAGAAACGUAUCCUAAGAGGAAUGCCUGUGGAUAAGGCAUUUAUAAUUAAUUGAAAUCUAAACACAUGGAUUAUUUUGUUUAGGUUGCUCCAAAUUUCAUUGCUCCUUGUUAUGGUGCAUUUGAGUGAAGGUUAAAUUAGAAAAAUUAGGAGUCAGUAAGAAAGAAGGAAAGGAGAAAAAGGGUGGAAGAAAAGCAGGAGUCAAGUAGUUGAGUGGGGGCCAUAACUGUGACUUUGUUUUGAAUUGUGGGUAUGAUUGGAGGCUAAUUCUCCCUGAAUGUUGUAUUUUCCAGAUGGAACUUUCUGCAGUGGCUUGGAUAAUAGCAACACUUUCUCUCUGAGCCUUUGGGUAAAAGUGAAUGGAGGGUUGCUGUUGUCAUUCAUUGGAGGACUUCAGAAGCAAGCUGACAUUGAAUUGGGGUGUGGGUGGUGGGUUAGGAGAAGAGAUUGGAAUUAUCCUGAAGGUGUCUGAACUUUCUAAAAAAAUGGCGUCUCUCACAUAGGGUCCGUAGACCCCUGAAGUAUGUGCCUAUUUCUGGGGAGACUGAAAGGGUUAAAAACUGCUCUAAAGCUUAGCUGUUGUCUCUAAAGUAUACAUGUAAUUAUGCUUUGCUAGGAUGGGAUGAUAGGACACUAAGCAAAGAAAUGUGGAUGAUGCAUCUUUAGGCAUAUUAGUAGGUCCAGACUGUAAGCUAGAGUCCUACACAGAACAAAUAAAGAUAUUACUGUGGAGGACAGGAGGCACAGAAAUAAAUGAAUGUGAUCUGUUAGUAAAUGAGGACAGAGCUGUGAGUUUGUGCUAUUAUUUAGAUCUGUUCUUCAUGUUCCCUUAUCCUCUAAGGUAACAUUGCGAAGUCUUGCUGCUGAAACCCUCAUCAAGAUGUGUGUUAGUUUCCUAGGGCUGCCAUAACAAAGUCCUACAAACUGGGUGGCUUAAAACAACAGAAAUUGAUUGGCUCACGGUUCUGGCAACUGGAAGUCUGAGAUGGUGUUAGCAGGGCCAUGCAUCAUCUGAAACCUCUAGGGAAGACUCCUUGCCUCUUCCUAGCUUCUGGUGGUUGCUGGCAAUCCUUGGUGUCGCUUGGCUUGUGGCAACAUAAUUCUAAUCUCUGCCUCCCUCUCGAUGUAACCUUCUUCCUCAUGUGUCUGUGUCUUCACAUGGCCUUCCUCUAAGGAUACCAGUCAUUGGAUUUAGGGUGUACCCUAAUCCAGUGUGACCUCAUCAUAACCAAUUAUAUCUGCAAAGACCCUAUUUCCAAAUAAGGUCACACUCUGGAGUUCUAGGUAGACACAGAUUUUAGGGGGAGAUUAUUAAUCUAGUACAGACCAUCUUUCUGUAUUGCUAUAUUCUUUGGGGUUUAAGACUGCAUUGUGGAAUAGAAAUGGCAGAUAGAGUUGAUUACAAAGCAAGUGGAGAAAAGACAGAAGGUAGGUCUUCAGAAAUAGUAAGAUGGGUAGACGUAUAGAAGUUUAAAAUGACAUUCUUUUAAAUGAAAUGUAAAUUAUUUUUGCAGUCAGUGCACCAGAGGCUCUAGUUUCAGGAGUAGGAAGGGUGUUUCUGGCCUUUCCUCUGUUCCCUUCUUGAUACAAUCCCUUAGUUCUGCUUUCCUGAUAUAAGAAACAGAGCUUCAAAAUAACCCACCAACCUCUCUCCCUCCCCUAAUUGCAAACAAUUCCCACACCUAAUUUUUAUGCCUUUAAAAAAAAAAAAAAAAAAAUAUAUAUAUAUAUAUAUAUAUAUGUUUUUUCAAUAUAUGAAGUUUAUUCUCAAAUUGGUUUCCAUACGACACCCAGUGCUUAUCCCAAAAGGUGCCCUCCUCAAUACCCAUCACCCACCCUCCCCUCCCUCCCACCCCCCAUCAACCCUCAGUUUGUUCUCAGUUUUUAAGAGUCUCUUCUGCUUUGGCUCUCUCCCACUCUAACCUCCUCUUUUUUUUUUUUUUUUUUCCUUCCCCUCCCCUAUGGGUUUCUGUUAAGUUUCUCAGGAUCCACAUAAGAGUGAACACAUAUGGUAUCUGUCUUUCUCUGUAUGGCUUAUUUCACUUAGCAUAAUACUCUCCAGUUCCAUCCAUGUCGCUACAAAGGGCCAUAUUUCGUUCUUUCUCAUUGCCACGUAGUACUCCAUUGUGUAUAUAAACCACAAUUUCUUUAUCCAUUCAUCAGUUGAUGGACAUUUAGGCUCUUUCCAUAAUUUGGCUAUUGUUGAGAGUGCUGCUAUAAACAUUGGGGUACAAGUGCCCCUAUGCAUCAGCACUCCUGUAUCCCUUGGGUCAAUUCCUAGCAGUGCUAUUGCUGGGUCAUAGGGUAGGUCUUUUUUUAAUUUUUUGAGGAAUCUCCACACUGUUUUCCAGAGCGGCUGCACCAGUUUGCAUUCCUACCAACAGUGCAAGAGGGUUCCCGUUUCUCCACAUCCUCUCCAGCAUCUAUAGUCUCCUGAUUUGUUCAUUUUGGCCACUCUGACUGGCGUGAGGUGAUAUCUGAGUGUGGUUUUGAUUUGUAUUUCCCUGAUGAGGAGCGACGUUGAGCAUCUUUUCAUGUGCCUGUUGGCUAUCCGGAUGUCUUCUUUAGAGAAGUGUCUAUUCAUGUUUUCUGCCCAUUUCUUCACUGGGUUAUUUGUUUUUCGGGUGUGGAGUUUGGUGAGCUCUUCAUAGAUUUUGGAUACUAGCCCUUUGUCCGAUAUGUCAUUUGCAGAUAUCUUUUCCCAUUGCGUUGGUUGCCUUUUAGUUUUGUUGUUUGUUUCCUUUGCUGUGCAGAAGCUUUUUAUCUUCAUAAGGUCCCAGUAGUUCAUUUUUGCUUUUAAUUCCCUUGCCUAAAAAUAUUUUUGAGAGGGGGUGCCUGCGUGGCUCAGUCGGUUAAGUCUGACUUCAGCUCAGGUCAUGAUCUCACAGUUUGUGAGUUCAAGCCCUGCGUUGGGCUCUGUGCUGACAGCUCGGAGCCUGGAGCCUGCUUGGGAUUCUGUCUCACUCUCUCUCUGCCCCUCACCCAUGUGUGCUCUGUCUCUUUGUCUCUCUCUCUCAAAAACACACUUAAAAAAAUUAAUUUUUAAUGUUUAUUUAUUUACUUAGCACAUGUGGGUGCAUGUGUGGGGGAGGGGCAGAGAGAGGGAGAGAGAGAGAAUCCCAAGCAGGCUCCGAGUUGUCAGCACGGAGCCCAAUUUGGGACUCCAACUCAUGAACCAUGAGAUUAUGACCUGAGCCGAGAUCAAGAGUUGGAGGCUUAACCGACUGAGCCACCCAGGUGUGCCUAAUUUGUAUGCCUUAAUAAAGGAAAUAGCUUGUGAUAGUCAUGUGAUGCUGGCCCAGAGAAAAUUUCCCCCUUAUUUCUCACCUGAAUCAUGAAGCCACUUUACAUUCGUUGUAUCAUGGCUUCAUGAUACUAGCUAACUUGGUUUUACUUCCUCUGUCCAGAACUACAGUGAGAGGAGGAAAAUAUCUCUGCCUUAGGGAGGGGUGCAAGGGUCCCAGGGAUAGGGUUUUAGUUGGGUAGGCUAUUCCAGGCUUAAAGCAGGUCCAGAAUUCGAGGCACUCUGGAACUUAAGGGUGCUCUGAAGGGAUUCCAGUGGUUGCCAAAAGGGGUCUAGACUCAACUAGGUUAUGAUUAUUGUUUCUUAGUCCCUGAAAGAUGUGAUAAAUAUCCUAAAACUUGUCUGACUUCUAUAAAGAUAUCUGGCUUACAGCCAGAUGUUUUCCAGGUAGCUUUCUAUCUGUAGAUAAUAUCCAAAAGUCUAAAUCAGAGACUGUCUACCCCAGCUCCCUCAAAGCCCUGGGAAAGGAGAUCAGAAAGAACCACAGCCUGUGGCAUUAGUUACGAAAAGUGAAGGCAUCCGUGUUAUCAAAAGCAGGUAACAAAAUAACAUCAAGAAAGUAUGUUCUGGGGCACCUGGGUGGCUCAGUUAAGCGUCCGAUUCUCACAGCUUGGAAUUCUCUCUUUCUCUCUGCCCCUCCUCCGCUUGUGUGCAUGCACACACAUGCUCUCUGCCCCUGUCUCUAAAUAACCAUCAAAAAAAAAAAAAAAAAGUUCCAAGAUCUUGAAAUUAGAGAAUAUACAAGAAGUUUUAAUCCACACACUUCUUAAGGUGAAAUCAAGCCUCAGGGCAGAUAAUAAGUCAGGGUGUGAGUCAUCUCUUUAGUUGGAAUGACAAGAGACCCAGACCUUGGCACUAGAGAUUCAAGGGUUACCCACACCCACAUUCCUUUUCAUGCCUCACCUGUCCCAGGAAUGCACUAAAACUCCAGCUAAAAAUAACUACAGAAACUCGAACUCUGGGAAGUAGCACUGAACAGCCUACCCUAGAGUGAAGAGCUGGUUUAUGCCAAAUGGAAGACAGACAGGCAGAAAAUGGGCUCAUGUGGGACCAUGUAAUCUCUAGGAUGUGGGCCCUGAUGUCUGCUCAUACUCUUGGAAGUUUUUGCUUACAAGCCAUCCCUCCACCUGAUAUUUUCAUUAACCUAUGGGUGCCAUGUUGGUGCUGGAAGAAGCCAGAAGGAUGGGGGAAUGCAACAGAGUAUAUAGGCAAAAUGUUAGUCAAAAGACCUAUUGACUGUUACUAUGUGACCUCAUGGAAGUUACUGAACCUCAGUUUCUCUUUGCUAACAUGGAAAUAAGAUCAUCCGUCCUAUCUGCCUCACAGAGUCUUGAACCUAGUUUUUGUGUUUUGUGUUUUUAAAUUCUGUUGUCUCCCUCCCUUCCGGUGUCUGCUGUAUCCCAGCUACAGUGCCGGGUACCAGGAAGACAACACUGAAGAAGAAAGUCAGAUGCUGUUUUUGCUGAACUCAGCCUUAGGUAAAUUCAGGAUUUGUCUUAGCAUUGUGUUGUGAUUAUGCUUGUCUAGAGGGGAGGGACCAUGGCUUAUUUGUGGAUGUAAUUUUAACAUCUCAUAGGUCCUAGCACACAGCAUUUGUUCAAUAUCUGUCAUUUUCUGGAACAUACUCUGUUGGCAAUUUUACAUGUGUUGUCUCUAGUUCCUUGAAUAAUCCUGAAAGGUAGAUAUUAUUGUUCCCAUUAUAAGCUGUAAGGGCAGACUGUCAAAUCUGCUCCUUGAGAGUUUUGGGACUGUGGGCAAGUUUUUCAGCCUUUUUGUGUUUCAGUCUUAUCUGAAGAAAUGUGAAGAAAUGCAGAUAGCGAUAUACCUUCCUCAUGGGGUUGUGAGGUUUAAGUGAGGUAGACUGUGGCUUAUCAUAUGAUUAACACGUGUUAUCCAUUAUGAUUAUCAUUAUUGUUACUGUGAUUACAGAUGGAGAGUAGCUAAGUAGCUUGCCCAGGUCACAUAGCACAUAAGGGGUCAAGCAAAAUUUGGUUUCAGGACUCUGCUCUUGAUACUAUAUACACUGUGUGUGUGUGUGUGUGUGUGUGUGUGUGUGUGUGUGUCUAUAAUUUCAUAUUAUUCAUUCAGGAAGUACUUAAUGAAUGAAUGAUUGAACCAUACUAUAUAUUUUUUCUUUUGGAAAAAUCUCUUCUACCAGCAAAUAAGUAUUACCUAAAUGAGCUUUCAGACUUAACCUAUUGGGAAGUCUGGGGGGAGAAUAUGAAAUUUUCAUUUCCACCAGUAGAUGGCAGAAGGAAGAAAAGAUACCUCUGAAUGGGCAGGAGUUCUCAUCCUGAGCAGAAGGAUAAAUACUGAGCAGGGACUGAGACGUGGUGGCUGAUCACAAGGGCUCUUGAUGUCAUGUGUGGCCCACAGUGACGAAAGGGGGCCAGAGUGCAUAUGAGAACUCCCCACAGGUAUGUAAAAGGCUCAGCCUUCAAGAUCUGGGUUGACCCACAAGACAGGCCUUGGGAGACUGAAGUAAGCUGAAGUUCAGAUGUAGUAAGAACACAAAGUUGCCUUCUGCUAUUCUGUGUUCACAGUUUCAGUCUACAUUCCCUUUUCAUGUCACAGGCAGCUCUGUUCCCUUCAGAAGUGUGCCCUUCCCUCCUGGGAUUUUGAUGAAGUCGCUUGCCCUCUGUUUAUGUCCUCCCUCAACCCACACCCCAGCCUGUAACCUAUGGAUGCUGUUAUUCACCCCCGUCCUACCCCAGUACAUGUGCUUUGUGUUUAUGAAUGUAAAUUCUCUGAGCCAUUAAUCCCCUUCUGUUGUAUCCCUCUAUCUUACUGCAUAUCCAUCUAAUAAGCUUUAUCUAUUGCCCUCCCUCCUCUGUCGCAUCAGCUUGGUGCUGGUUAGCUGGUGAGCCACUCAUUUGUCCAUUCUGUCCUAAAGACGUCUUUCGGCUCCAAGUGAUGGGGAAAUGUCCCUCUGGUUCCAUAAGAAGGCAUGGUGGUCAGAAAUGCUGGGCUACCUCUGCUCUCUCUCACUUCUGUGCUGGCUCUUCUCCAAGCAUUCCUUUGCGGGAGGAGGCUGCGGGUGACUCCUGCUCAAUACCUGCCUUCUUAGAAACUCUAACCCAACCUACUUAAUGCAGCGCCAACUUCAAGCCAACAUCCUUGUUGUGUUUUCUGGGUGGGUCAAGAGAGUGGGGACCGCCAGAAGAUUUCUUAUUUGAUGUACUCUGUUUGUACAUACGUAAUGGUCUGUUUGUGAUUCUUUACCAUAAGGCGGUGGAGAGCCCGCUGUGUGCUAGGCAUUUGCUAGGGCCUUGGCAUAUAUUACUGCAUUUACUGGAGGUAAUGACUCAUCUCGUGAGGAAACAUGGACAAGCUUGUUUACGAUAUGUUAAAACCACAACCUUGUCAUUUCUUAUUCUGCAUCUUCCACGAUUUCAUGCAUGCAUCGAAGGGUGUUCAAGCACUUUUGCACGGUGGGCUUAGGCUAAUAAAAUGAAGUAGAGAUUCGGUUACAUCAUAGUUAAUCUGUGGCUUCUGAUUCCAUUUCAUCGAUUUGUGGUGGAAUUCAAAGGGCUGGGGGUGAGGGGGAAGUGAGAAAGAUGCCUCUCGGCACUGUAGUUUUAUAUUUUCACCACAUUCCUACAAAAUGAAUAAAUUUGACAUUUGGACUCU